CAUUGAGAGUCCUCUAGACCCGCUCACCUCGCAGAGCCGUAGUGCGCAUGCGCGGAGCGGCCAGCGAGGGCGGAAGUGGGAGCUGCGACUGGGAGGAGGGGCCGCUGCGCUUGCUGUGAGGUGGGCGAGCGGCGGACAUGGCGCCCUCCGGGAGUCUUGCAGUUGCUCUGGCAGUCCUGGUGCUGUUGCUUUGGGGUCCUCCUUGGACCCACGGGCGGCGCAGCAACGUUCGCGUCAUCACGGAUGAGAACUGGAGAGAGCUGCUGGAAGGAGACUGGAUGAUAGAAUUUUAUGCCCCGUGGUGCCCUGCUUGUCAAAAUCUUCAACCAGAAUGGGAAAGUUUUGCUGAAUGGGGAGAAGAUCUUGAAGUUAAUGUUGCGAAAGUAGAUGUCACAGAGCAGCCAGGACUGAGUGGACGGUUUAUCAUAACUGCCCUUCCUACUAUUUAUCAUUGUAAAGAUGGUGAAUUUAGGCGCUAUCAGGGUCCAAGGACUAAGAAGGACUUCAUAAACUUUAUAAGUGAUAAAGAGUGGAAGAAUAUUGAGCCCGUUUCAUCAUGGUUUGGUCCAGGUUCUGUUCUGAUGAGUAGUAUGUCAGCACUCUUUCAGCUAUCUAUGUGGAUCAGGACUUGCCAUAACUACUUUAUUGAAGACCUUGGAUUGCCAGUGUGGGGAUCAUAUACUGUUUUUGCUUUAGCAACUCUGCUUUCUGGACUGUUACUAGGACUUUGUAUGAUAUUUGUGGCAGAUUGCCUUUGUCCUUCAAAAAGGCGUAGACCACAGCCAUACCCUUCAAAAAAAUUAUCAGAAUCUCUGCAACCUUUGAAAAAAGUGGAGGAGGAACAAGAGGCGGAUGAAGAAGAUGUUUCAGAAGAAGAAGCUGAACGUAAAGAAGGAACAAACAAAGACUUUCCACAGAAUGCCAUAAGACAACGCUCUCUAGGUCCAUCGUUGGCCACAGAUAAAUCUUAGUUGAAUUUUAUAGUUAUCUUAAUAUUAUGAUUUUGAUAAAAACAGAAGAUUAAUCAUUUCAUUUGGUUUGAAGUGAACUGUGACUUACUUGAAUAUUGCAGGGUUCAGUCUAGAUUGCUUUUAAAUUGAAGAGUCUACAUUCAGAACAUAAAAGCACUAGGUAUACAAGUUUGAAAUAUGAUUUAAGCACAGUAUGGUGGUUUAAAUAGUUCUCUAGUUUUUGAAAAAUCGUGCCAAGCAAUAAGCUUUAUGUAUAUUUGUUUAAUAAUAACCUGUUUCAAGUCUGAGUUUUGAAAAUUUACAUUUCCCAAGUAUUGCAUUAUUAAGGUAUUUAACAUUAUUGUAGAGAAAAAUAUUUCUCAUUUGAUAUAAUUUUUCUUGAUUUCACUGUGUGAAAAAAAGAAGAUAUUUCCCAUAAAUGGGAGCUUUGCCCAUUGUCUCAAGAAAUGUGUAUUUCAGUGAUAAUUCCGUGGUUUUUUUUUUUUUUUAGAGAUAUAUUCCAAAAUUUCCUUGUGGUUUUAGGUUAUGCAACUAAUAAAAACUACCUUACCUUAAUUACAGUUUUCUACACAUGGUAAUACAUGAUAUGCUACUGAUUUAGGAAGUUUUGAAGUCCAAGGUAUUCUCUUGAUUUUCUCUUGUAUUUUUCAUAUUUACUAUGGGUUACAUUUUUUAUUUUUUCAAAUUGGAUGAUCAUUUCCAGGAAAUAUUUUUUAUGUUUUAGUAAGCAGUAUUUUUUUGUUGUUUCAAAGUGAAGUUUACUGAGAGAUCUAUCAAAUUGAGCUGUCUGUUGAUAAUUUAAAAUUUUGGCCACUCUUUUCAGAUUUUACAUUAUUCUUGCUGAACUUCUACUUGAAAUUUUUUUCUCUUUUUUUCUUUUUCUUUUUGAAUGUGAAGGUGAACAUUCCUGAUUUUUGUCUGAUGUGGAAAAACCUUGGUAUUUUACGUUUUGAAAAUUCACGGAAACUUAAUAUAAAACAAAGUUUGCAUUCUACUCAGGAAAAAGCAUCUUCUUGUAUAUGUCUUAAAUGUAUCUUUGUCCUUAUAUACAGAAAGUUCUUAAUUGAUUUUAUAGUCUGUAAUGCUUGAUGUUUUAAAAGCAUAACAUUUUAAUAUUUUUUAAAAGGCAGACUUCAUAUUCUCCUAUUCUUUCCCGACUGCUAAUACUGUGUGGAAUUUCACAGGUAGAAAUCAACAGGAUGGAGCAUUUAGUGUAUUUUUACUCCUUAAAGAGCUAGAAUAUAUAGGUUUCACCUUACAAGAAGGGGGAAAACCAUAAAUACAAUGAAUCAACUGACCAUUAUGUAGUAGACAAAUUCUCUAACGUCCCCUUCUUUCUAGGCUCUGUUGCUAUGUAAAUCCAUUAGACUUGUGGUAUCAUAAUAUACAAGUUUUCUUUAAAGUCCUCUCCUUUAGAAUAUAUAAAAUAUUAUACCAUUGAAGAGUUUGGAUGUGUAACUUGUGAUGCCUUAGAAAAAUAUCCUAAGCACAAAAUAAACUUUUCUAACCACUUCAUUAAAGCUGAAGACUAGUAUGAUUUCUAGUUGCCUAUUCGAAGGUAUGCUUUAUUACUUUGUAUUUAACAAUGUUCAGAUGAGUAGUUGUGUGUUCCUAUAUGUAUACUUGAUAUGCGUAAUUGAAAGACUGCCUUCUUUUUCUAUUGAGAUGGUUAAGGACAGUAAUGCUCAUUAAUCAAGCAUUUUUUUUUUCUUUUUAGUGUUCUAGUAUAUGUGACAUUGGCAAAUUUUUUAUUAGAAAAUAUGUGACCAGAGGGUUUCUAUAGAGUAAAAUAAAGCAAAAUGAAACAAAAAACCACACAAAAAGACCCCUUAUGUUACAGAAAAUUUAAAAUAUGCUGAAUGGAUAGGGUCUUGAAAUUUCAGGAAACAUAUAAUCUCAGAGUUCUUAAAGAUUGUUAUUAUAGAUAGCUGAGUAAUUUUCAGUUGGUAACAGGCUUAUAGAAACUCUUUGGGAUUAUUUACAGAUGGUUCAGGAAGGAAUAAAAUAUAAGUAAUAUCCUGGAGAAUUCUGUGCCCUUCACCCACAAUAAUCAAUUCAGCUCUACUAUUAAAGUAUUGUAAAAUCUGAUCUUUAGAGGAAAAUAGAGUAUUCUACCCUAUAUUGUAUAGAUACUUAAUGAUUAUCAGAAAGACUGAAAAAAGUUUUAGUGAAGAAUUCUGGCUACAUCUAACAGCUACUAUUUAUCAAGUACCUACUGGAGCUUUGUUGUUUUGCUGUAUUCAUUUAGUCGUAACGAUGACUGCAAGACAGGUAAGCAUUGCACAUCUUUCAGGUGAGUCAGCUCAGAGGUUUGGUAGCAAUAGGUAAAAUUUGAAUCUAAUUCUUGUUUUAAGUCUUUUUAAAAAUUUUUAUUUUUUUUUUGUUUUUUAGUGUAUGUGAAGUUCAGCAAUCUCUUAUCUGUUAUUUUGGUCCUUUUUUUUUUUGUCUGAGAUGGAGUUUCACUCUUGUUGCCCAGGCUGGAGUGAAAUGGUGUGAUCUUGGCUCACUGCAACCACUGCCUCCUGGGUUCAGGUGAUUCUCCUGCCUCAGCCUCUUGAGUAGCUGGGAUUACAGGCAUGUGUCAACACUCUCAGCUAUUAUUUUAGUCUUAAAAUUUCACUCCUAUCAGAAUAUAGCAAUAAAUGCUACUUAGAAAUACCAUAAUUAUUCAAUAUUUGCAGUCUUGUGAUGUUGGUUACUGCAUAAAGUAACUUAUUGCAGUAAAUGAUGCUUUAGAAAGCAGUUUUCUCUUGUCAGUUGUGUCCUUAUUCAACCUUAUGCAAAAGCAUAGUUCUGGACUUAAUUAUGGUGUAAUUAAAAUUAUUGUAUGAACAUUUUGGCUCAUAUUUUAUGACAUUGCAAUUCAUCCCAGUGGUCAAUUUAAGGUAGGGUUCUUACAGUAUAUUACUUUUGAUAUAGGUAUUUUAUUAAUAAGAACUUAUUUGGGUUGGAGUUCAAAUGCUUGGUUUUACUGAGUGAUUGUAUGAUUCUAUAAAUAAAAUUUUAAUUGAACAUCCUUGCAUAUUUAGAUGUUGGUAUUGCUUAUCUAGCAACUUUUGUAUUUAUGAAACCAUUAAAACUAGAGUGAUAAUGAAUUUUAUGUUGGAAUUUUUAUAAUAUGUAAGCAGCAAGAUCAGAUUAUAUGCUUGAACAGGUAUAACAUUUCCCCUUUUUUCUCAUUUAUUCUUAAUUGACAGGAAAUAAUUGUGUACAUUUAUUGGAUACAAGGUGAUGUUUUCAUCGGUGUAUACCUUGUAGAAAGAUUCAAUCAAGCUAAUAUAUCCAUCACUUC